AUGGCUAUGCGCAACGUUGGUGUGAAGACCAGCCAAAUCAUGGACUAUAUAGUAAAUCAAUCCGGGUCUUAUGAGAAUGUUGGUUUCAUCCGUACGGAUCUACACAACCAUAUUCAAGCCGAACGUAGAGCAGAAGUUGAGGAUGGUGAUGCGCAGGAUUCGAAAUCGCGGGCCGACUACGCAAAGUUUGGUGAUGUGUUGAUAUUUGACUCAACUUACAGAACCAAUGCAUACAAGAAACCGUUUGUCAUGUUGGCUGGUGUGACUAGCCACUUUAGGACCAAGAUAUUUGCAUGUGUUUUGCUAGCUAAUGAGACAAUUGAGACAUACACAUGGGUUUUGGAAACAUUUAUGGAAGCGAUGGGCAAUAAAGUACCUGUGUCCGUACUGACAGAUGGGGAUAAGGCGAUGCGAAAGGCAAUCAGAAAAUGCAUGGACAUGGAAACGGAUGAGACAAAGUUUGAGCAUGGCUGGACGACAAUGGUCGAAGAAUUUGGACUUCAAACCAACAGUUGGGUGUUGGAGACAUAUGAGAAGCGUCAUAUGUGGGCUGAGGCAUAUAUGCGUGGACAUUUCUUUGCUGGGAUGAAGAGCACUCAGCGCUCGGAGUGUAUGAAUGCUUAUUUCAAUCCCUUCCUCCAACACAAAUUGAAGCUAUAUGAAUUUGUUAGGCACUAUGAUCGGGCUCUUGCAAGGAUAAGGUAUAACGAGGCUGGGGAUGAUGCUGAAACAAAUAACACUUUUUCGAAAUGCUACUAUAUUCAUAAGUACAGAGUGAAGGACAGAUCAUGGAUAGUAACACACAGUCCAGUGGAUGCUGCAAUGAGAUGUUCUUGCAUGAAGUUUGAGUCGUUGGGGCUACCUUGCUAUCGCAUGAUAUGUGUUAUGAAAGCUGAAAAUUUAACGCAAAUUCCCCCAACUUGUGUGCUGCAUAGAUGGACAAGGGCUGCAAGCAAGGAUGGCCAGCAAUGGCCUCAACCCUCAAUUGAUAGCACUGCAACAUAG